UGUGUCUGCUAAAAGAGACGUCUUUACACCGAUGAAGCUGCCCAAGUACACACUGCCCAAGGACCUGCAUGUGAUCAGCACAGAUGAAAACCGUGUGGUGGCAGCCGUACAGGAGUGGAACCAGAACGAGACCUACAACCUGUACGUGUCGGACACGUCGGGGGUCUACUACACCCUGGCUCUGGAGAGCGUGGUCAGCAGCAUGGGCCCCGAGGGCAACGUCAUGGUAGACCUAUAUGAGGUAGCAGGAAUAAAGGGGAUGUUCCUAGCCAACAAAAAGACGGAUAACCAAGUAAAGACGCACAUCACCUACAACAGAGGCAGAGACUGGAGGUUACUGCAGGCCCCGAGCAAAGACCUGAGGGGCAACAGCAUUCACUGUGUGCUACCAUACUGUUCAUUACAUCUCCAUCUUCACGUGUCUGCGAAUCCCUACACAUCUGGAAACAUUGCCAGCAGGGACUCGGCGCCGGGGAUCAUUGUCGCGUCAGGCUCCAUCGGCUCAGAGCUGACAACCAGCAAUGUCAGUGUGUUCGUCACCUCGGAUGCAGGAAACACAUGGAGACAGAUCUUCGAUGAGGAGUACGCUGUGCUGUAUCUUGACCAAGGUGGAGCCUUAGUGGCAAUAAGACACACUCCACUUCCCAUCCGUCACCUGUGGUUGAGCUUUGACGAAGGACGGCAGUGGAACAAGUACAGCUUCACCAACACGCCUCUGUUCGUGGACGGGGUGCUGGGAGAGCCCGGGGAGGAGACUCUCAUCAUGACGAUAUUCGGCCACGUCAGUCAUCGCUCGGAGUGGCAGCUGGUGAAAAUAGACUUCAGGUCCAUCUUCAACAGGAGGUGUACAGAAGCGGAUUAUCAGACGUGGCACCUACACAACCAGGGCGAGCCGUGCCUCAUGGGAGUGAAAAGAAUCUACCGGAAGCUGAAGCCCACGUCCAGGUGCGUUAUGGGAAAGACGUACUCUGUGUCUAUGACAUCGGGCCCCUGUGACUGCACAGAGGCUGACUUUGAAUGUGAUUAUGGCUAUGAGAGACGGACCGACGGCAAGUGCACCCCUGCCUUUUGGUUCCAUCCAUCAACGAUGUCCAGGAGUUGCACCACAGGGAUGACUUUCCUUAACAGCACCGGCUACAGGAAAGUGGUCUCUAAUAACUGUACAGCUGGGGUCAGCGUAGAGUACACAGCCAGGAGGCAGCAGUGUCCCAUCCAAGCACCCAAAGGUCUCCACCUGGUCACCAGCGAGGGCACGCUGACAGCCACCCUGGGCGCCAAUGUCACCUUCCUUGUUUUUCUGGAGGAGGGCGACGGGGCGAGGACAAGCAUCACGCUGGACUUUGGGGAUGGCCACGCUCUGACCUACUCCAAUGUGAGCUCUAUUGAGGACGGGAUCAAGCACAUCUACAAAGCCGUGGGAAUCUACCGGGUGACUGCCACCGGAGAGAACAGCCUCGGCUCAGAGACUGUCAUGCUCUACCUGCAUGUAACAUGUCAGCUGGAGUAUAUCCAUCUCUCAGCUCCCUUUGUGGCGGUGAGGAAUAAGGAAGUGAACCUGACUGCUGUUCUGUGGCCCAGCCAAGUGGGAACGGUCACCUACAUCUGGUGGAUCGGAAAUAACACAGAGCCAGUAAUCACCCUAGAGGGAAGUGUGGCAUGCACAUUCUCCCGGGAGGGCAUCAACACAGUGACUGUGCAGGUGUCUGCAGGGAAUACUAUUCUGCAGGACAGAAAAACCAUCACUGUCCACGAAUAUUUCCGCUCUCAUCUGCUCGCCUUUUCAUCAAACCUGGAUGACCACAACCCUGAUGUUGCAGAAUGGAGACUGGACGUGAGCCGAGUCAUCAGGAACUCUCUGAUCCAGGCUACAGGCGUGCCAGAGGAUCAGCUUCUGGUCACCAUCCUCCCAGGUUUACCCACAGCAGCAGAGUUUUUCCUCCUCCCUGACAAACAGUUAACUGAGGGGAAACCAGACAAGAGCGCUGCUCAUUUAGAUCAGCUCUCUGAGGUUUUGCUCAGCGCCUUAAAUCAAAACCUCGUCCAGUUCACGUUGCGACCAGGGGUCCAAGUCACCGUGUACGCAGCACACUUAUCAGCAGCGCCCCUAGUGGACACCAGCGAGAACCACAGUGGCUCUGCCAUGCUAAUGCUGUUAUCAGUAGUGGUUGUGGGUUUAGCUGUAUUUGUCAUCUACAAAUUCAAGAGGAAGAUCCCAGGCCUCAACGUCUAUGCGCAGAUGCAGAACGAAAAAGAACAAGAAAUGAUGAGUCCAGCUAAUCCAACAGAGGCCACACCCAGCUCACAGCGGGACUUGGUGCAUUCUUUGGAGAUUCUGGACACAGAGUUUAACUCACAGCCCAUAGGAUGUAUGAAACCUCAUGUACAUGUGAAAUUCUCCACAGAACUCCCCACAUACAUCGUCUAAACUCUGGACUGGAUUACCACUCCAGCUGCGUCAUGGAUAUUUUUUACCAUUCGGGACACAAUGGUUUUGAGCUUUAUACCUGUGCAUGUUGGACCCUGCUGACACAUACUGUGCUCUGUUCAAUCCAGAAGAAACUGUGUACAGGUUUUUAGUUUCCUUUCAACAUACGUACGUCCGAUGAAUUAAACAUUUGAGAAAUCUAUUUUAUUUAUACAAGUCAUAAUUCAAAGGAGCGGCAGCAUGAACGAGAGAGAGUAAAAAACAAUGAAAAAAAAAAGAAAUAAGCAACAAUGUUUUGGUUUUGCUUACAUAUCUGAGAUUGGUUUGCUGUUCUACGAAGCUAACAGCAGUAGUGUAUUAUUUAUUCAUAUGAAUAUACUUUUAUGAAGUAUGUUAUUGAGGUGAAUUACACAUUUGUUUUGUAAAUCAUGAAUGUCUAUGUUAUAAAUUUGUGUAUUUUAAUAACAAAUGUCAUACUAAACAGAAAUGCUGUUAUAAAAUAUGAAUAGGGUACUUCAAAGCUUUUGUUCCAUCGUCUCUUGUAAAGCUGAUUUAUGGCA